AAGUCCUCUUUAAAAAAAAAAAACAAAACAAAACAGUGGCUUCCCAUUUCACCAAAGAGAAAAACCAAAGUCUGAACACUGGCCCACAUGGCCCUACUUGACGCCCCCACCUUACUCCUCUGCCCUUAUCUCCUCCUACUCACCUCCUCAUUCAUUGCUUCAGCCUCACUGGCUUCCUCCCUGUUCCUGGAACAUGGCAGGUGUGCUCCUGCCUCAGGGCCUUUGCUCAAGCUAUUACCCCUGCCUGGAAUCCUCCUAUCCCAUGGCUUGAACGUGCUCAAAUGGAGUCCUCUCAGUGAGUCGACCCUGACUUAUCUACUAAAAUUAUUACCACUGCCACCUGUCCCUUCCCAUGACCUCUUCUCUGCUACUUGUCACUUAGCAGUUAUCAUCUGACAUUCUGUAUAACUGCUUGUUACUGUCUCCCCCCAACCGCCCACUUUGGCUGCACAUAAGCUCCAUAAAGACAGGAAUUCCUGCCUGAUGUGUUCACUGUUGAAUCCUCAACACUGAGAAGAGUGCACAGUGGGUUCUCGAUGAAUGAAUGAGCCACAUAUAAAUAUGCUAGCGGAACGCCUGGUAGGCAGUGAGCACUAUGGGAUUCAUCAUAAUCUAAAAAUACGUCAUUGAGUCAUAUGAUAAACAUAAGUUAAUUGUUUGGUAUGUACUUUCUGUCCUGGUCUUUGAAAAAUGAAGCUACCACUAAUUUGUUGUUGUUGUUGUUGUUGUUAAUUGGCGGGAGGCAGUUUGGUGGGGAGGGAUUCCCACAGCCUUUGGAGGUGGGCAGAUCUGCCUUGAGCCCUGGCCUGGCCACUUGCCAGCUGAGCAACUUGGCCAAGUUGCUCAGCCUUGCAGAGCCUGGUCUCUUCACUGAUGAUGCUUGUUGGAAAUGCCCUGCAGCCCAGGACCUCGCUGGGAGCCCUGGGGUGAGACUUUGCCCUUUCUGCAAGAUGGACAGGACCACCUCCAGGACGUGCCCGGCUGCUGUGCCUCUCUAAGACCUGCCGGUGGGGUGAGCAAACGAUCGUUGAAUGCGCUGCUCAGGAGGGACAGGAGGUGACAUCUCUGAGAUAGCCAAAUGGGAGCUCCGUGAAGACAGCUGCGUAGACUGAGAGUGGCCCAGAAGGAAAGCAGAGGAAUAGAAAAAGGAGGCCCCCCUGGCCAGGCAUCGGCACCCCAAGCCACCCACCAUGGCGCUGGGCUUGGAGCAGGCGGAGGAGCAGCGGCUGUACCAGCAGACGCUCCUGCAGGACGGGCUCAAGGACAUGCUGGACCACGGCAAGUUCCUGGACUGUGUGGUGCGGGUAGGGGAGCGCGAGUUCCCGUGCCACCGCCUGGUGCUGGCCGCCUGCAGCCCCUACUUCCGGGCGCGCUUCCUGGCUGAGCCCGAGCAGGCCGGCGAGCUGCGCCUGGAGGAGGUGUCCCCGGACGUGGUGGCCCAGGUGUUGCACUACCUGUACACGUCGGAGAUCGCGCUGGACGAGGCGAGCGUGCAGGACUUGUUCGCAGCAGCGCACCGCUUCCAGAUCCCGUCCAUCUUCACCAUCUGCGUGUCUUUCCUACAGAAGCGCCUGUGCCUCGCCAACUGCCUGGCCGUCUUCCGCCUCGGCCUCCUCCUCGACUGCGCGCGCCUGGCCGUGGCCGCCCGCGACUUCAUCUGCGCGCGCUUCUCACUCGUGGCGCGCGACGCCGACUUCCUCGGGCUCUCGGCCGACGAGCUCAUCGCCAUCAUCUCCAGCGAUGGCCUCAACGUGGAGAAGGAGGAGGCGGUGUUCGAGGCGGUGAUGCGGUGGGCGGGCAGCGGCGACGCCAAGGCGCAGGCGGAGCGCCAGCGUGCGCUGCCCACCGUCUUCGAGAGCAUACGCUGCCGCCUGCUGCCGCGCGCUUUCCUGGAGAGCCGCGUGGAGAACCACCCUCUCGUGCGUGCCCAGCCCGAGUUGCUGCGCAAGGUGCAGAUGGUGAAGGACGCACACGAGGGCCGCCUCACUGUGCUGCGCAAGAAGAAGAAGGACAAGGGGAAGGAGGCAGCCGGCUCCAAGGCUGCUGACAAGGGCACAGGCGAAGCCAAGGCACAGGAGGAGCAGGUGGAGGAGGACGAACGUAUCAUACCCGGGAUCCUCAAUGACACUCUGCGCUUUGGCAUGUUCCUGCAGGACCUCAUCUUCAUGAUCAGCGAGGAGGGAGCCGUGGCCUACGAUCCAGCAGCCAACGAGUGUUACUGUGCUUCCCUCUCCACCCAGAUCCCUAAGAACCAUGUCAGCCUUGUGACCAAGGAGAACCAGGUCUUUGUGGCCGGGGGCCUCUUCUACAACGAGGACAACAAAGAGGACCCCAUGAGUGCUUACUUCUUGCAGUUUGACCACCUGGAUUCCGAGUGGCUGGGAAUGCCACCGCUGCCCUCGCCGCGCUGCCUCUUCGGCCUGGGAGAGGCUCUCAACUCCAUCUACGUGGUCGGCGGCAGGGAGCUCAAGGACGGCGAGCGCAGCCUAGACUCGGUCAUGUGCUACGACCGGCUGUCGUUCAAAUGGGGCGAAUCGGACCCGCUGCCCUACGCUGUGUACGGCCACGCGGUGCUCUCCCAUAUGGACCUGGUCUACGUCAUUGGCGGCAAGGGCAGUGACAGGAAGUGCCUGAAGAAGAUGUGUGUCUAUGACCCUAAGAAGUUCGAGUGGAAGGAGCUGGCACCCAUGCAGACUGCCCGCUCCCUCUUCGGGGCCACCGUCCACGACGGCCGCAUUUUUGUAGCCGCUGGGGUCACAGACACGGGGCUGACCAGUUCAGCGGAAGUAUACAGCAUCGCGGACAACAAGUGGGCACCCUUUGAAGCCUUCCCACAGGAACGCAGCUCACUCAGCCUGGUCAGCCUGGCGGGCACCCUUUAUGCCAUCGGUGGCUUUGCCACACUGGAGACCGAGUCUGGAGAGCUGGUCCCUACAGAGCUCAAUGACAUCUGGAGAUAUAAUGAGGAUGAGAAGAAGUGGGAGGGCGUCCUGCGGGAGAUUGCCUACGCAGCCGGUGCCACCUUCCUACCUGUGCGGCUCAACGUGCUGCGCCUGACCAAGAUGUGACCAGCCCGGAGGGCCUGAACUUAGCAUCCCUCCUGUCCUGUGGCCACACAGGCCCGCCAUGUGGGGACUCCCGAGAGGAGGCUGGGAGAGGCCAGAACCCACCUGGAUCCUGUUGUGCCGCCCAGGCUGCUGCUUUGGCAGGGGAGGGAAAUUGCUGCCCAGUCCUAGCCUUUCCAGGCAGGGAUGAGGAACUUAAGGGCUCAUAGGCGUCUCCAUAUCCUUGGUGUCCUUGUUCCAUGAGCCAGAACCACAGAGAGGUGUCCCAGGCUGCAUUCUGGCCCAGUCCCAGCUUGCGUGUGUGUGCGUGGGGAAAUUUCCCCACGGGAAGCCAUCUCCUUACCUGUCAGAUGGGGAGUGUCCCCCUCAAGCACACCCUGCGGCCUGGAUAAGUCACCUUCCUUAAGAAGAAUAAAGUGCCUUCUGAGCAAG